AUGCAAGAAACAAUUAACGCUAGCCUUAAUAAUAAAAUCAAUGACUUUAGCUCAUGCCAACACAUCAAAAGAUAUUUGGAUUCUGACGGAUGGUGCAAAAAAUGUGCACUAAAAAAUAAUAAAUGGACAAGUGGAAAUGUCCAUAUUGAUAAAUUUAUAAAGAAAACCCAAAAGAAAUCUAGUAAAUGGACCGAUAAUUUCUUGGAAUGGAUUCCAUUCGAAAACUUUGAAGCUAAAAGCUUAAAGAAAAUUGGCAGUGGAUGUUUUUCCAACAUUUAUCGUGCCACUUGGUUGGACGGUAAAAGAGUCAAAUCUGCAAAUAAAACUGUUUGUGCUCGAUCUUCUCCAAUAACCGUUGUUCUAAAAAGUAUUAAAAAUUCUGCAAAUAUGUCUGGAAAAUAUGUUAAAGAG